AUGGGUCGAAUGCAGCAUCUCUACCUGGUACUCGCCAUCGUAACUAUUUUGUUCAUUAUAUAUCUCUCAUCAAAUCUUCACGUCCGCACUAAGAGUCGUCCCAGAGCAUUGGCUAACGAUUUAAAGCACUUAGAGAAACUUAGGGGCUUUGCAAGAAAACUACGGCGCUUACUAGUAGAACUUUUUGAGACACAAGAGGGCUUGAUACAUUCGCAACGGCAGUUCUACCGUGUUAAACGACAUAUUCAACAUGUGAAGCAAAUGAUAAAAUUCGUAGAUGGACAAUCAGAGCAUGUAGACAAAGUUCCUGGCGAUUCCUCUUCAAAAACUCAUGUUACAAAGAGAGAGGUUUGUCCUGAGAAAUUCAUGGGAAAGGAUUCUACUUAUGGGUAUCCAUUUUAUAGGAAAGGCUUCCAGGGGGAAAAUUGCACAGACUUUGUUCCAAUCGAUGAACUUGUGACGAUGAUUUUAACGUCACCAAGGGAACUAUCACCUGAAAAGCUACAAAAAGUCUUUGAAGGCAUUGCCACAUAUUAUCCAAGUGUUCCUGUAAUAUUUGUGUCAAGAAAAACUUUACGGUUAUUAAAGAGGCUGAAAGAACCAAGUUUGAAUUUAAAGCACAUAGGAUCUGAUGACCUUACACAUGGACAAACAUGGUCUGAGUUACUCAAGAUGGUGGCCACACCCUAUGCACUCUUUGCACCAGAUAUCACUUACUUCACUGAUGAUGUUAAUCUUGAACGCCUUGUACGGGUACUGAGUGAGAACAGGGAUACCAUCCUUGUAGGGGGAAGCCAAAAGAAUCAACGGGGGGAGUGGGACAAUAGCUGUCGUCAAGUGCAAUUCAGAAAUUGGACUGCAUACUUUUCAGAUGGGUAUUACCACUCAUUUAAUGACUGUGUACAAUGUGAUGUGCUGCUUGGUCCAUUUAUGGCAAAAACCAAAGAACUCCAGGAACUUGGAAUUAAUAGAAGACUACAUUUCGGUGCCUUUCAAGAUUUAUUCUGGCGAUUAAAACUCAAACAUCCAGAGAAAGUUGUUGCCAGCUGCCCUGAUGUCAUGUUCGACACUUACGAGCGAGAAAUUCCAGAUGAAAAAUAUGUCGCCUUGGCUAAAAAAUGGGAUUUGAAGAAAUGGGUGGAGUCUAAUGGACGAGUGCGUUGGUAUGGAUGCAGGAGAGGUGGACAUGCACAUAGCGGUAAAUCUUCUUGUCGUUUUCGAGCCAAAGGACUCACUGUUCCUCCUUGUGACUUGGAGAAUCUCGCUGACAUAGUCAAGUUUAUCCUGAAUGAAUGUGAGAAAGCUGGGAUUUACUGUCAACUUAAUGCAGGAACAUUAUUAGGUGCUGUUAAGUUAAAAAAGGUGUUGCCUUGGGAGCGGGACGCUGACAUCUUCUUUAUUUCAGACAACUACACAGCAAUUAAAAAUCUUCGUCCAAGAUUUGAAGCGGCAGGCUAUAAAUUUAUAGAUAAAAAAGGAACAGAAUGCUGCACAAAUGGACGCAUGAAAUCUGGCAUUUUUAAGAUCAAAGGAAAUGGCUGGACUGUUGACUUGUGGGGAAGACCGACUCUUGAGGCCGAGAUACUUGUAGCUAAUGGUCAGCAGCCCACUAAAGUGAUGUUUGCUGGUCAGUGGGUCAUUGGCGCGCGCAAUCCAGCUCUUUCCUCUCGUAAUCGAUAUGGACCCAACAUGUAUCAUCAUGCAGAGCAUUGGCAAGUUAUAGGAAACGCAAAUGGGGAUGCGCUGUACAAAUCGGGUGUUUGGACCAAAUGUUCCAAGCCUGGACACAUGGGGUGUCUAGACCAGUUCCCCACUGAUGGUGAUCUUCAGUUUGGUGACUUCUUUAUGACCUAAUUUUUUUUUUUACACCAAGGACAUGGAAUCGAAGAAGUAGACUGAGACAAAUUUUGUGAACUGCAUCAAGGAAGCUGUUUCUAGGAGUGAUCUUUAGAGGCCAUUAUCAGUCUUUCUAAAAGGCCAUUUUUUUUAAAUUUGUGCGAUGUCUAUGCAACAUUUACCAUAUCUGAGUGAAUGUUAAUGAUAUGGUACAUAGUUUCUUCUCCAACGUUUCUGUUUAUCUUGUUCUUAUAUGAAAGCCUUUAUGCAGAUUUUCCUUCGUAGAUCUCUUACUUGAUUAUUUUUAAGUCAGCCGACAUUUUCUUUCAAUGUUUAUACCGCUUAUUUCAACUUGGUUACCUUAAAUCGUAACUAUAAAUAUACGAAAAUUGAGGAGAAAGUCGCUCAGAAAAGAGCAAAUGACUCGAAGGAGCAUAUUUUCAGAGUAAGAAGAAAUGUACUUGGUUAAAUCUGAUUUGUUGGCAAGUGGUUAGGUGCUAUUUGCUCCGAAAAGUUUUAGAUUGACCGCCCAGCUCGUGGCACCUUUAAAAGCAUUGUAACCUUAAUUCCUAUCCGAUCUGAGUAAGUCUUCCCAAUUGUAAAGUCAUUCAGUUUUAAGGAAAGAGAAGUUUAACCAAAGGGCAAUGAGGAAAAGAUGUCAUUGAAAGAGUUAAUCAGUUUGGCAAAAAGCGCAAGAUUCAAUGUUACAAGAAGUGAAAAAAGUGAUUAAACUAACCAUGUGAUCUCACAACCAAUGACCGGUUCUUGACCGGUAGAACACGCUUCCGCGGAUGCUUGGGUGAUG